AUGUUUAACUUCGGUUCAAUCAAGACGUCUCUGUCUUUUUCUUCACCAGAUUUGUCGUCACCGACGAAGCCUUUCUCAGCGUUAGCUCGCCAUGCGUCUCUCUUCUCCUGUUUUUACCCCAGAUUCUCAUCCCUGUCUUGUAAUCAGGACUUCAAGGGCUUGCGAGAGGUGAGGUUGGACAGUCCCUCUGGCUCCUCCAACUCCUCGUGGUCCUCGUCCAUAUUUCCCAGCUCAGAAAUUACUUCCAUUAGUUCGGAGCAGAUUCUGACGCCUCUGUCCACAUGGAACCAGCCUCUGUCCACAUGGAACCAGCCUCUGUCCACAUGGAACCAGCCUCUGGAGCAGGACGCUACAGGAGCCGGCGAGGACAAGAUGGUUUGGAAGGAGACGUCCUUUCUGGGCAAUGAAGGGUAA